UUUCCCGUGUCGCCCUGUUUUCUGGAAAAAGAUUAGAAAAUCCAAUUUCUUGUUCUGUCUUUCGCCGAAGAAACACGCGUUUUCCCUGGGGAAAUCAUCAAAUGAUGCACAGAGCACUUCUCAACGCCUCGAGACGGGUGGCAACCGUCAGAAGCAUGGCUUCUACCGUUGAAGGAGACGCUUUCCGGCUCAGCGAGUACAGCUCAAAGUAUUUGGGCCAUAGAAAAGCCGCUUUCACUGAAAAACUAGAAAUCGUGAACGCCGACGACACGCCAGCACUGCCAAUCUACAGAGUCACCAACGCCGUCGGUGACGUCAUCGACAAGUCGCAGGACCCAAAUUUCGACGAGCAAACUUCGCUGAAAAUGUACAAAACGAUGACACAGCUGAAUAUUAUGGAUCGGAUCCUGUAUGAUUCGCAGCGUCAAGGACGCAUCUCGUUUUAUAUGACAAGCUUCGGAGAAGAAGGAAAUCAUGUCGGAAGUGCCGCCGCUCUCGAGCCACAGGAUCUGAUUUAUGGACAAUAUCGUGAAGCCGGGGUCCUGCUGUGGAGAGGAUAUACUAUGGAGAAUUUCAUGAAUCAGUGCUAUGGAAAUGCGGAUGACUUGGGAAAAGGCCGCCAAAUGCCAAUGCAUUUCGGAACAAAAGAGCGAAACUUUGUCACAAUCUCAUCUCCACUGACCACUCAACUUCCACAAGCCGUCGGCUCAGCGUACGCUUUCAAGCAACAAAAGGAUAAUAAUCGCAUCGCAGUCGUCUAUUUCGGAGAUGGAGCCGCUUCUGAAGGAGAUGCUCACGCAGCGUUCAACUUCGCCGCCACUCUCAAAUGCCCGAUUAUUUUCUUCUGUAGAAACAACGGAUACGCCAUUUCUACGCCGACUAGUGAACAGUAUGGAGGAGAUGGAAUUGCUGGAAAGGGACCGGCUUAUGGUCUUCAUACUAUUAGAGUCGAUGGAAACGACCUUCUCGCCGUCUACAACGCGACAAAAGAAGCCCGCCGAGUCGCCCUCACCAACCGCCCAGUGCUCAUCGAGGCCAUGACCUACCGCCUCGGCCAUCAUUCAACAUCCGACGACUCGACCGCCUACCGAUCUUCCGAUGAAGUUCAAACAUGGGGAGACAAGGAUCAUCCGAUCACUCGCUUCAAGAAGUACAUCACGGAACGUGGAUGGUGGAAUGAGGAGAAGGAGAUGGAAUGGCAGAAAGAGGUGAAGAAGCGUGUGCUCACCGAGUUCGCCGCAGCUGAGAAGCGGAAGAAGGCGCAUUAUCAUGAUUUGUUCGAGGAUGUUUAUGAUGAGCUUCCACUCAGACUUCGCCGUCAGAGAGAUGAGCUGGAUGCUCAUGUUGCGGAGUACAAGGAGCAUUAUCCGAUGUUGGAGACUCUUCAAUCGAAGCCUUAAAUUCAUUUUUUGUGAUGCUUUUUUUUUCUAUGAAAAUAUUACUAGAAUACGUUUUUUUUUUGUAGAUUUUCCUGUGCCAUUCCGAUGUGUUUUAUCAAAUAGAUUUUGCUUUUAUUUAUGAACCCUCAUGUUUUGUUUCUAGGUGCCUUUUCCCGUGUUCCCCGCAUAUUUCUUUUGUCAGCCCCUUCCCACCUUUCAAUAUGGAGAGGAUACCCCACACUGUUUUAUCGAUUUUUGUGUCCUGAAUAGGGCGUAUAACAAAUAAAAUAGACCGAAUGCUCGAAA